CCGUAUGUUCGCUCGUGUACGCGCCGCACGUCGCAGCAUGCCGUGCAUUCUUCUCAGACCUUGUACGACCUCUUCCGAAGCAUUCCGUGUCCAUCCAGGGAACUUCCGGAAGAAGUGGUAGACGAAGGAGGACAUCCCGUCGGAUAUAGGCAGCACAAUGACGCAAGUGGAGGCAUCGAGGAUGAAGAACAGCAUCUGUUUGUCAUUGAAGAUCGCGUACAUGGGGACGAUGGCGCUCCAAGUUAUGCCGACAUGCUACUUUCGCAUAUGCACUCCACUGCCGAUACAAGGCGGGCCACCUUACAGAAGGCGACGAGCACCCGUCUCACGCGGCUGGAUGCAUUGACCCUAAAGGUUAACGAACCGUAUUGGCUUCUCCAUCAGGGCAAUUGCGAGCACUUCGUGAUAGUCGACGAGAUAAGGAUGUUGCACCGUUCCGAUCCUCCUACAACGUCGUUUCCCCUCACCUUGCAGAUCACCCCCUUGAUGCUUGAUAUGUGUCGCGUCUGCGGCAAGAUUCCUGCUGCCGUCUCUAUCACGGGCGACAUGCGACUCGGAGAAUCGCCGUGCGUCAUAUGUGAACCGUGUUGGAGUCGUAUCGGGCCUCCCGUAGACGAGGAUGAAGAAGAGCAAGUAGUAGUAGCUCCUCUGACGAAGUGGAGGAAGGGCUGGUGACCGAACACUAUCCAAGCAUUGCAUGUAUAGGACGCAUGCCAUCGAGCUUCGUCGCGAGCUACUGAUUUCGACGUACAGGCCCGAACUCGGGUAUGAUCCACGUCUGCAUUGAUGAAGGGCUCAGCCGCUCGUGCUUGAUGAUUGGCGACGGCGGCCAUAUGCAUGCAUGAGAAUAACCAGCAGAGGAUAUCACUGAUCGGAUGUACGCGGAAACAGACGUGUAAUACGUGCACAGGAUAUCAAUACCCAGAAGGGCUCCGGCGAGGGCCAGAUGAGAACGAGGUUGGGCCUGAUGCGAAAGGAGCCACGUACGCGCGCGUCACGUUCUCGGUCAUUCCGUUCCACUCUCAGUGUCGAAUCCGUCUGCUUAUAACGCACACAUCCGCCGUCCGCAGGAGUCCCUUCCUUCACGACGUAUACCUCCAGCAUUUUUUGAAUCAGUAAUUUGGAGCGCGAGCCCGACGGGGAACAACCUAUGAUGUUACCGCGUGCUCUCACGGUCCUGGCGCUUGCACUCGCGACUUCCGAUGUAUUGGCAUCGGAUGCGGAGGGUUCCUUCUUGUCGGAGACGCUGGUCCGGAAGGAUCAGAUACAGACGGUGUUGGAACAUCAACCUGCUAGGGACGCCGAUUGUCGGCGGGUGCCUACAGGGCCCAUAGAAACCACGACCUGUGACUACGAGACGGUGGAGAGCGUCAACGACGACCUGUACUCGCUCCUCCACGAUCUGGUCACAAGACCUUUCUUCAAAUACUUCCGGGUAGACUUAUACCGCGAAUGUCCCUUCUGGCAAGAGAAUGCUUUAUGCAUGAACCGUCAAUGUGGCGUUACAACAGUAGACGAGAGCGAAAUACCGGAGAAAUGGAGAGCAGCCUCUCUAUCCGCGAUUGAGAUGCCACCAGAGCAUGAGCGUGUUGCGCUUCCGGGAUGUUACUAUCGAGACUCCGACUUCUGUUUCCUCGACGACUUGACCGAAGGUGACUACAUCGACCUCUCACUCAAUCCGGAGCGGUUCACCGGAUACACCGGCCCGUCGGCCCAUCGCGUCUGGAAGUCGAUAUACGAGGAGAACUGUUUUGGCAUAUCCGAAGCUGAACUUACGCUCCUGAAGGCAGGCGGUCGAUCCCCGGCGCCAGUGUCUUUGCCAGAGUCGAUGGCGAACCCCUUCAAAGAUGAAGAUUCACCGGACCCAGAACCGGAAUGUCUUGAGAAAAGGAUAUAUUACAAAAUCAUUUCUGGUCUUCACGCGUCAAUCUCCACCCACGUAUGUUGGGAAGACUUCAAUCAGACCACUGGCCAGUGGGGGCCAAACCUGGAAUGUUUCGUGAAGCGUGUCGCAUCCCAUCCCGAGCGGCUUCAGUACAUAUACUUGAAUACCGUACUGCUUCUCCGCGCCGUCAACCGGAUAGAGCCAUACCUCUCUGCCUACGAUUACUGUUCCACGGGCACGCACGAGGAUGACCAAGAGACUCUGGAUCAAGUUCGCCAGGUGCUAUCAAUUGCGAAGACCGCCGGAGGGUUCGACGAGUCGGUGCUCUUCCGUGGUGAAAACGCGAACGUCCUCAAGGAGGAGUUCAAGGCACAUUUCCGGAACGUGACGCGAAUCAUGGAUUGUGUUGGCUGCGACAAAUGCAGAUUAUGGGGCAAGGUUCAAACCUCAGGUAUCGCCACCGCGCUGAAAAUUCUCUUCGAACUCGAUGAGAAGACGCUGGACCCGAAGUCGAACCCGAACCUACUACAGCGCUCCGAAGUCGUGGCGCUCAUAAACACGCUCCAUCGGUUUAGCGAAUCCCUCCACGCGUACGGCGAGUUCCGCCGGAUGUGGGCCGAUGCCGAUGAGACCGAGUCAUCCAAGCUCCUCCAGCAAGCAGAAGCCGCGACGAAGGCACAUCCAAAUAUGACGCCUAACUUGCCGAACCCGCAUCUGUCGCUCAAGCCGCUGUUGACGGCGGUGACGGACGGCGAGUUGCCGCUGCCGUCGACGGUGAAGGAGCGGCUGACGCAGUUGGCGAAGACGUGCACGGAUGGUGUACUGGGCUGUAUCAGUAUCGUAUCCCGGGCGAUUGCGAGGAUAUUCGCGACGUCAGGAAAGGAGGGCGGGUUAAGAGACGAGUUUUAGUGCGCAUUCUUGUGUAUGGACGGAUGGCCAACUCGAGCGACUUGUAUGAUAGAGCAUCAGCCGAAAACUAUCCACCUAUUAAUUAGUACGAUUGCCAAUUAACGAUGUUGCCCAUGAAUGCC